AGAAACUUCCUAUCUUGAAUAGGCAUAACUGCAUAGCAACAUUAUACAUAGCGUCAUGUGCAAGGCACCUAAAGGGUAGACACCUUGACCCAUACAUCUCUGCAAAGGACUCUGCUCUGUUAAUAGACGGCGCCAUGACUAGAGAUCAGAGCGGACCAUCGAUGCUGCGUCUGCAGCUCAGCCAGACGCUUGACGUCUCAAGCAUUGUGCCGGCAGCGACAAGCUCCCUUAUCCGGGGACUGUAUCCAAAAUGCAUCUGCUUCCAUCCAACAAAGGCGCUUAUGGCAGUGGGCGUGUCGGGUUACGUUGCAGUGUACGACGUGCAGUUGGGCACCCGCCUCGGCCGCGUGGAGCUCAAGUCCAUCCCUGUUGAGAUGGGGUUCGCGCCGGAUGGCUCGGUGCUGGUGGUGAUGGUGCAGGACUGGAUCCUCUACUCCAUCAGCACUGCCAGUUGGAAGGCGCGGGUGGUGGUGCCGCGGCGCUCCAAGAUGGACAAGCCGCUGGAGGGGUGCCUGCUGGCGGUGGCGCCGGGUCACAACCCCUUCAUCUACUUUUGCCGCUACGCCAAGGACACGCUGCGGCUGGCCACACUGCCCACCCGCGCCGGUGGAGGAGCGGCGGACGGCGGGGCGGCUGCAGCAGGCCAUGGCGGCCCCAGCAGCAGCAGCAGUGGCAGCGGGUGGGGUCAGCGUCUGAAGCUGGACGUGCAGAAGGCGGUGCUGGGGC